AACACAGUCUAUGCAAAUGCAAACAAGAGGUGGUCGUACUUAAACUGUCUAAAUUCUGGAUUAAUCGAUGGGCCACGUCACUUUAAUAGAACACUUCCUUUGAAACAUGUCCAGGGAUCUACACGAAAGAAGCUUUGCUAGAGAGUGUGGCAGCAGAAAGGGUAAGUUUAUCAAAAAUAGCUUCAGGGCCUUGUGUACCCCACAGAUCGUUUCACAGGGCUUAUCGAGGCAUCAUAAUGUAUCCACCUCGAUGUUUCACUUUCAAAAUGUAGUCCAGUUUCGUUUAGAUUACUUCCGUUACGUUUGGGAUUCUGAAAAAACUUUCGAUCGAUGCCAACAUCUUGAAACUUUUAGACCUUUCAAAGUUUCUAGAACAUUUUCAGCAGACUGACUGAGCGUAAGAAACGGAUGGAUAAACAAUACAGUCAUGAAGCAGAUUAUUACAAUUGGUCUUAAAUCUCUCGACUCUUAAGCUCUAUUAGCUUCUAGCGACUUGCUCAAUGAAAGUUAUAAUAACCCAAGCUUUCUGUCGCCAUUAGCUCAUGUGCUCGAUAUUAAUUUAUAGAAGUCAUGUCCAGAGCUAAAAAUAUCGAACGAAAGAAUAGUCUUUGCCACUCUAGUCUGAAGACAUAUCUUUAUAUUUCCGCCUUCAAGAAACCAUACCGGAGACCCCCCGAUUUUUCUGUGUAUUGAAGAUAUCUACAAGUUUAUGCUUUUCUUAGCUUUUCCCUUUGCUGUUAAACUCGUCAAUAAACAUAGCGUAUGGUGCGCGUCGAAACUGAGCUGACACGGUUGAUAAUCCAGCCGCAGCCAUUAUAUGACAGCGAGGGUGGAUGACACGGGAUAUGAGACAACACGGCUCUCCUGCUUUUUGGGAACAACACAUCAACAAGCAGCGCGUUUGUCAGAAAACUUGUGAAGAAUUUGCAAAAACGAAAACCCAGGGGUCAUAUCGAUUCUGAGUGUAUAUAGUAAAAUAAUGAUGACUUAGAAGGCCGGUGAAAGCUAGUUACCGUACUUCAACAUUGAAAAUAAUGACUACAGGCAAUAUGAUUACGUGUUCUCAUUUAAGUUUCAUAUUGAAUGUCGCAGAUAUGAGAAAACUGCUGAGGCCUAUGCCUGCGCUGUCGUCAGUUUCCACAUUUGUUUUGCACAUCAGAGUUGUGUUGAUUAGCUAGAUUAUUCUUUUCACUAUCGUUCUCUUUGAAAUUCAAUGACCAAUAUUGUUCAUUCAGUUUGCUUCAAGAGAGAAACCUGAUAAUGUAUAAUCGGAUAUAAUUGCUUGGUUCUAACAAACGACCUGGCAAUAAAUGAUUUCCAGACUUUUUAUUGCUUUAAGUAUUUGCUUUUAUGCACAAGGAGAAAGCCGUGUCUCUUGUAAUUAAAGCAGCUAUUACUCCCUUGUAUCUAGUAAAGCGGAACUUUGAGAUUUCAUUUGCAAAUGCGCUCAGUUAAGCAACUCAAAUCGUCCACAAUAGUAAAUCUAGCCGUUGUGUUGACAAAACACCCUCGACAGCUAAUGUGUUACAUACCCUUCUUGAAGGCAUUGGUUUUAACUCUUAUAAUAGUCAUUCCGGUCAUACUCCCAUAAUUGUCAGUUCGAUGGUCUUGUAAUCAUGAACAUAAACAAAACAAAUGACGAAGCGAGUUGAUGGUUGUGGUGUGACUCACGUUCAUCUUUAUUCUUGCCAACGUAGGUUAAGAACGGAAUUUUCAAGACGUAAACAGUUUCUCGUGCACCAAGGUUGCUAAAUGGCGUCUGGAGCACCUUCACCCCUGGCCAGCUCAAGAGAGAAGAUAAAUGGAAGCAAGCUGAGCAGACUCAUCAUCGAUGGCGGAACAACGGUGCUGAGGAAUAUUUUCGAUCGCUUUUACCCACCUGCCUACUUGGCUUCUGGUCUCAAAGCCAAUUACUCAGUUCUUAACAACCUUUUGCGUAGAAGAGUACUUAAUAUCCACCAGUGGAACAAACUCUUCCCCCCUGGUGGAGGGGUGCCAGACUCCAACACGUUUGACAUCACUCUUCUGUUCCUGCUGCUAACUACCAUUUGCGGCUUAUCCCCUCCCCUGACAGGAUGGCACACCAAGCCGCCCACUGGUGACAACUCUCUUGAGGCUAACCUUGCUCGAGUUAAGUUCUUCCGGAAUGAGCUAUAUGGUCACGUGACUUCCACUGGUGUAGAUGCGACAUCUUUCUCCUCCUUCUGGCAAGAAAUAAGCAUUACUCUUCAUUCUCUUGGUUUAGAUCAAGCAGAAAUUGACAGACUGAAGGCAGAGCAGAGUGGAGAGCAAGAUUACCUUGAUGCCUUAAUUGAUUGGGCUGACAGUGAACAGGACAUAAAAACAUGGCUCACGAAUAUCCGUCACACGCAACUAGAGAUUAUUACGACACUUCAGGAUGGCGCUUUAAAUCUGGAAGAGCUACGUCACGCUCAGUACGCCCUAAGCAAAACUCAGGAUGUUGCAGAUGAAGCAGUGGACGUAGAACUCAAAAGACAUCAACAAUUGGGGGCAGCACACCAGGAAAGCGUGUCACAUUUGCGGGGAGAAUGUGGGUCCCAAACAAAAACCAGCCAAGCGGGAGAUAAAAUUCGUGAAUCAACUCAAGAAGUAAAACCAGACGAGGUGCUUAAGACCCUUGUAAAGUCUGAAUUCCAAGGAGACAUCGAGCAUCAUGCAAAGAAAUUCCAGGAAGGAACUCGUGAUUGGAUCUUCAAAAGCAUCGAAGAUUGGUUAGACGACCGGAGCUCGCCACAUCGGGCGAUGGUAAUCAGUGGAAAUCCAGGGAUGGGAAAGACUGUUAUCUCUGCUGUUGUUUCGCAAAGAAUGAAAAAGGCUGGAAUGUUGGCAGGGAGCCACUUUUGUCAGCAUAACAAUUCACGAUACCGAGAUCCACGUUUAAUGCUCCAGUCUUUGGCUCGCCACUUGUGUCAAGCGAUGCCGAAUUACAAAGAUGCUCUGGUGGAACAGCUGUCAAGAAAUACUGUGGAUGAAGACCUCAAAAAAAUGAGUGUAGAAGAGCUGUUUGCGUUGCUGUUCAAAGAGCCUUUAAGCACGGUACAAGAUCCUGGAAGAAACACCCUAAUAAUCAUAGAUGGCCUCGAUGAAAGCGAGUAUCAAGGACGCAAUGAGCUUCUACAGGUAAUCAGUAACCACUUCCCUAUGCUUCCAGUUUGGAUUAGAAUUUUGAUCACAACUCGUUCAGUGAGGAGCAUAACAGAGGCAUUGCGACAUUUAGAGCCAAUCGAGCUUAAACAAAAGUGCGAGGAAAACUUAAAUGACAUUCAAACCUUGUUUGAAAAUCAACUCAGCAACAAAAUUGGUGAAGAGCAUAAAGAUAUUAUCUUGAACGAGCUGGUUGAGAAAUCAGAAGGCCUGUUUAUUUACGCUUUCUUUAUAGUGGAUUAUAUCCAAAAGAAUGUUUCAUUUCUCACCCCUGAUCAGCUACAACGCGUGUUACCUUCAGGUAUUUCAUCCUUUUACUUGUCCUAUUUCAAACGAUUAGAGAACGAACUUUGCAAAGAGCUUGAUACAGAUGAGGAAUCUUUUUUGCGUUUCCUGUGUGCUUUGACCGCUUCAAGAGAACCAUUACCAGUAGAAUUCAUUGCCAAAAUUCUAUACCCUGGAGAAAAAUCUUUGACCGCGCAACGAAAAGUUAACAGAGCAAUAUCUUCCAUCUCUACAUUGUUACCAGUUCGCGAGGGUCGCCUUCACUUCUUUCACAAGUCAAUUAAGGACUGGUUAAGAGCAUCAUUCCCCUAUGAAAAACAUGAUUUCACAGUGGACGAGAAAGAAGGUCAUAACGUCCUCUCUGAUCUUUGCGCCCCUGAACUCGAUAGCAUCAAGCGAAAAGAGGCUCAUGGCAAACAGUUCACGAACACUGAAAGAUAUGCUUUGAUUCACACUUUCCAGCACAUGCGUGAGGCUGAUAGUGAUCAUCAACGGACUGACGGUUCAGGGACCAUAAGUGGCACAUUUAAUCAGGUAUACCAGUAUGUGACGAACCUAGAACUUAUUUAUGCAAAACUCUGUGUAAAUAGAACAUCCGCUACGGAAGAUCUCUUCCGUAUUUGCAGUCAAAGUGCGGGUCUAUUGAAUGAGCAAAGAGAUUCAGUUGCAACACUUCUCCAUAAUCUUCUAAGAAAACACACUUAUAUUUUGCUCGAUCACCCUCAUCUUUUUUUCCAGUGUUUGAUUAACGAACGGAUCCCUGAAUUAUCGCCUAUGGCAGCGGGUUUUGUCGAAUUAUCUAUUCCCACAAUACCCUGCAUGAAAGUCCUAGACUAUACAGUAGAACCCCGCCUUACAUCCACCUCGAUAAUACGGUCACCUCGUUAUUACGGCCAGUUUUUUUUUUUGGCCCGGCAAAACGGCCAUACAUUUCCUUAUAAAAGAAAACCGUUAAUGCGGUCACCUCGUUAUUACGGCCAGUUUUUUUGGCCCGGCAUAACGGCCGUACAUCUUCUUAUAAAAACCUUAAUGUGGUCACCCGUUAAUUCGACCACAUUUUAAAAAUCCCAAACAGUAGAAUCCCUUCUAAUUUCACCCCGUUGAUGCGGCCACUCGUUCGAAAUUUAGAAAAUUAAAAUGCCUGUGACAUGUCGAUUUUAUUGAUGUAGUAAUCUAAGCUUAUUCUCUUCCUGCUUUUAGACUACAGUACACUUAAGGUGGCUCGAUACAGUUUUCCAGGGCCAAUACCUCCCAAGUUUGAGCAUAAACUACGUCACCAUAAACAAAGUUUUGAAAAAAUUGCCACCACAGUUGUACUAGAUAAAGAUGAAAAUUUGUUGUGAUCAGGGUUGCAAUGACAUCGGAGUUGUCAUAGCAACGAAAUGACGCUAUUACCUAUUUUGCUUACAACAGUAUAUAUCGGCACUGGGAAGUGUUCUUGCAAAAUCAUUCACGCAAGCUUUUUCCUCCAAUAGAGGCCUCGAUGUUCGUGAAGUUUAAGCGAAAUCUGUAAGAGCGUUAUCGAGAUAUUUUGGGAUAAAGAUUUUGUGGUUAGAAAUACGGUAAAAAAAGGACAAUCUCUAUGUUCGGCUGUUAACUGCAGAAAAAGAAGCGCUUUUGACAUGCAUGCUCACCUCAUAGUAGUUUCAAUCGUCUUAAAAACGUGUGUGAAAGAUCAUGGAGAUAGCUCCAGCCGAUUGCUAGAAAGAAAGAUUUGAUUAGUAUGUAUCCAGGCGCUCUUGUUAGCGGUUUUUGAAUAUUUUGGACUACUUUAACAAACUAGCAAAUAGUUUUUAAACCGCUCGAUAGAUUUUUUUAAAAAUUUAACAUUCUUGGGAUUAACCUUCCUUUUAUAUGACCUUUUAGUUUCAAGACACCGUUUCUGAUGAUGGGUCACUAAUUGCUUUUUCUAAUCCUGAAGUAGAUCACUAGGGUACAAUUACUGUUUUUGACUCAAAACGUCAGUCUCGUUUGUAUGUUAUACUCCCCAACCCCUUGGGUUUUUUCGUGUGUGAAUUGUUACGCUUCACAUCGGAUAACAACACUCCUGUUCCUGUUUGUGGCUUUCUACACAAAAAAUGCGCAGAUGAAGAUUCUUGCUACUUUUUCGACUUCACAUACUCAUAUGUCACUACCGGAAAACCUGAAUUUACCUUCAUUACGCCUUUAAAUGCUUCUCACCUUUAUAACUCUCAUAUCAUUAACAUUAGCUUUGUUACUCCAUGACCAUGUCCCCUGUCAGAAGAACAUAACUCUUACAUAAUAUGUAUUUGAUAUAUAUUUUUUACCUUUUCACCUUCAUCAAAAUCGCAGAGUUUAGUGCUUCAUACAAAAUGUUUCCCGGAAGUUCUCGGCAACUUUUACGUUCCAGUGAAUUCUCAUGAAUUCUAAGUGAUUUAUUUUCAGGACUUGUGGGAACUUGCACGACCGCCUGAAAAGUUGAAAUGGGCUGCUCUCGAUAAUAGUUUUAAUCUUGUGGAGAUAGGUCUCGCCUCGUAAAGGUGCGGUUGUUACGGUAUAUUAUUUUGAUUAAAUACCAUUAUUAGCUUACGUGGAAGUCGAUUUCUUCUAAUUUUCUCUCUCCGUCUUUAGGAAAUUGCUACUGAUGGACGGUCAGCCUCUUUCGCGGGACGCCCUUUAAGAGUAACACUCGUCGGAGAUGAAUGGGGAUCAUCGAAAGGCGGAUUGUCUACGCUGAAUAGGGAAUUAGCAAAACAUCUUGCACGUCAGCCUGGGGUAGAAGUAACUAUUCUACUGCCACAUUACAGUGAAAGAGAGAAGAAAGAAGCUAAUGACUGUAGAGUAAGCCUUGCCACACCAGAGCCAAUGAAUGGGUUUGAUUCCAUCCGGGCAUUGAGCUUUACUAGAGAAGAUCAUGGUAUUGAUGUUGUUAUAGGCCAUGGUCAAAAGCUUGGAGCACCAGCUCAGAUCAUAGCAAAACAACGCAAGUGCAGAAGAGUUCAUAUGGUACACACUGCCAGUGAAGAGCUUGCAAUGUUUAAGGAAGGCGAAACAGCGCUACCUGAAGGCGAGGAAAAUCACCGAACUGAGAUGCAUUUGUGUAAGGAAGCUGAUGUCGUCCUUGCCAUUGGACCAAAGCUAAAGGAAGCUGUCUCAGCAAAUCUUCGGUGCUACGGUAGAGAUGAACAUGUGAUAGAUAUCACACCUGGAAUUUUUUCGGAGUUCGCAAACUUGGAACAAGUCAGUCAGGAAAGAGAACAAUUCCGCAUCUUAGUGUUUGGUUGUGGUAACGUGGAAGAUUUUGAACUAAAAGGAUACGAUAUAGCUGCUGAAGCUGUAGCAAGCUUAAAAGACGAAAACUACCUUCUUCAAUUUGUCGGGGCACCAAAAGGUAACGAAGAACAAGUUAUAAACAGGUUACUGAAGUGUGGCAUUCCUCUCACACAGUUAACUGUUCGAAGAUUUGCUGAGAGUCGCAACGAAAUAAAAAAACUUUUGUGGAAGGUCGAUCUUGCCAUUAUGCCGUCACGAACGGAAGGCUUUGGCCUCACCGCUCUCGAAGCACUCUCCGCUGGCCUUCCUAUUUUGGUAAGUAACAAUUCGGGAUUCGGUCAAGCUAUCCGCAAAGUAGAAUUCGGAUCUGCGAGUGUGGUGUGUUCCGAUGAUCCUAGAGAGUGGGGAAAAGCUAUCAGACAUGUGAGACAGAAACUAAGGAAACUCCGGCUAAAGGAAGCUUGUUCUCUUCGAAAGUCAUAUGACAAAGAAUAUAAGUGGGAGACACAGUGUGAAAAGCUUGUAGAUAGAAUGCGACAAAUCCUCAAAUAAGCUUUGAGUAGACACUCAAGGUUGUUACAUGAUCGUAAAUAUUAACAUCUACGCUAAAACUAACGCUAACGGAUAGCCGUUCAACAGGUGCUCAAACACGCGGCUUUCGAACGGGUGAACCAAGCCGUUUAAACGGGUGUAUCUGAACGGAUGAACAAUUUGCUAGGUAUAAAAAUUAAUUACAGUUUGCCUUUUACGCUUUUGUUCUUCGUUGUCUUUUCCUUUUGAAAGACAAGUAAGAGUCUUGAACUUUCCUUUAUCGGAGUGGGCGUGGCCAUAACUAUGGUCAAAUCUUGUUGUUUCUAAGGCCCCUCUUUUAAGUUCCCUCUGUAAUCGUGUUAGUCCUCUACUCAAAUCCUUAGUUAACCUAUGUACUGUUUAGCUGAUCAGUGUUUUGUCAUCUGUUUCGAAAAAUAUAUAUAAUUCUAUUUAUUUUUCGUAAAAUUAUAUCAAAGAUAUAUCAAGAGUAAGGAAAUAAUAGAGCACUGACACCUCUUAUCUUACGGAGUGUAUCCUUUCAAUUCUUUUUCUUUAGAAUAACUUAGCUUCGUAGCCUUUAAAAGGCUAAGCAAAGCAAAUUUUUUCAACAAGGUGUGAAUGUCAGAUUUUUGCAGUGUUAUAUUCUUUUGUUUGGAUGGACAUGUUUUAUUUCUUUAUAAUUUGGAGGCCUUUUAGAAUGAUCUUUCAGUUGACGUCCUAAGGUGUCACAUCAUGAUAUAAAACCAAGUUCUGCUGCCAAAUUUCCGACGUCAUUUUCCCGGCAAUAGUGUCAAGAUAUGAGAAACUAAACACGUGAUUUUUUGAAAAAUGGACCCUCUAGUCCACUGUUGAAAAUUUCAGAGUUACAGUAUUGAAGCUUAAAAAGAUCUUAGUUUGAAUUUCUCACAAAUUUGGCGCUUAAGCUCUCUAACCCGAACCAAGAGAGAGCUGACCCUCAGGGGGAUUGCGUAUAGAAUAGGGUCUAUGUGGGCAUUUGCUGUCUUUCUCUUCAUCCUCUGUUGGUUAAAUAAAUUUUAUGAUAUGGCCUUCACCAGGCUUUAAGGUUUAUUAGACCAGAGUUCCUACCGUGACCUGUUGCUUCUAUAUUUUAUAAAUCAUUUCUACAUUCAGUCUAAAUAAACCAUCUUGGGACUGGAC